AUGGAGGUGGCGAUGGUGGAGUGGUGGCCAUGGUUCGGAUCGGCUGUGGCGAGCACCAUUUUCCUAUGGUCCAUGGUGCAGAACCACAUCCCGGAUGCCCUCCGCCUCAACCUCGCCGCUUUGGCCGCCAAGCUCACCGCCUACUUCAACCCUUACCUCCAGAUCACCAUCUCGGAGAACGGCGCCCAGCGCUGGAAGCGAAGCGAACUCUUCCUCGCCGUCGAGGCCUACCUGAGCGACGCAUGUGCCCGUCGCGCGCGCAGGCUCAAAGCCGAGCUCGGCAAGGACAGCAAGAACAUCCAGGUCUCCAUCGACGACCACGAGGGAGUCACCGAUGACUUCUCCGGCGCCACGCUCUGGUGGCACGCCUCCAAGCAGCGACCCAAUGCCAAUGUCAUCAGUUUGUACCCUGGCGAGGACGAGAAGCGCUUCUACCGGGUCACCUUCCAUAAGCGACACCACGACCUCGUCGUCGAUUCUUACCUGCCUUUCGUCCUCGGCGAGGGCCGCACCAUCAUCAUCAAGAACCGCCAGCGCCUCCUGUUCACCAACAAAGCCAGCGGCAGCUCGAGCCCUUACGGGGCCAGGACCGCCUGGAGCCAUGUACCGUUCGAGCACCCGGCGACCUUCGACACCCUUGCCAUGGACCCCAAACAGAAGGAGGACGUCAUCGACGACCUCAUGGCAUUCCAAGAGAGCAAGGAGUACUACGCUAAGGUCGGCAAGGCGUGGAAGCGCGGGUACCUCCUUUACGGCCCGCCCGGCACCGGCAAGUCCACUAUGAUAGCCGCCAUGGCCAACUUCCUCGACUACGACGUCUACGACCUCGAGCUCACGGCCAUCAACAACAACACCGAGUUGCGAAAGCUCUUCAUCGAGACGACGGGCAAGUCCAUCAUCGUCAUAGAGGACAUUGACUGCUCCGCCGACCUCACCGGAAAACGCCGCAAGGACAAGAAGGCCUCUCGCGACAAGGACUCCGAUGGAAACGACAAACCCAAGUACCAAUCGAGCCAGAGAAGGAUGACGCGACCAAGGUGA